AUGCCACAUGCUCUUGCUAAGAGCAUGAAGAAGGUUGCAGAGCACAACAACAACUUUUACUUCAACGGCAAGAAGGGUGUAUGUGGGAGGAAGAGGACACUGUUGGAGGAGCAGAUCACAGAAGCCAUCGACAAGCUUGAUUCCAGAGAGCUGGUUGAUGGCAAGCAGGUGAAGUGCAUCCUCUUCCCCAAUGUCCCGUCUUUCACUGUGCAUCACAGUCACUACAGCAUUGCUCUUCCUAACCCUUCCAACUCACAGGUCCGGGAUGCACUCACCAAAGCCGGUCUUCCUGGCUUCGCGCAACGACAGAAGCUGCCACUCACCAACAAGCAUCUCACCCAGCGCCGGCAAAUAUACAAGAAGUUCGAGGCUUGGACAGACCCCAAGUUCUUCAAGAUGGGUGUCAUGAUUGUCAGUGACAAGACAAAAAUGAUGCUGGGGUCAUUGGACGGUCAGCGCUGUUGA